AUGUAUUUGACACAAGCUAAAAUACUGGUGCGUGAAUUUCAACAAUACUUUGUCAGAAGUUGCCCAUGUAAUAGUGGAAUCUUUGAAACAUUUUUACCGAUGAAUGAAGUAGUGCUGGGCCGGACUUUGUAUUUACCAGUAAUGUUCCACAAAUACAUGGUGAUCAACAUAUGGUUGUGUGUAUCAAAUUAUAACGGGGACUUAAGAUACAAUGAAACAAGUCAUGUUCUGAACUAUGAUAAGCCCUAUGAGUGUUUAGUGUGCUCAAAGAAGUUUAAGUCCAAAAACCAUCUUAACAACCAUAUUAUAACCCAUUCUGGGGAAAAACCUUUUGAGUGCCAAAUUUGCAACAAAAAGUUUGCUUCAUCUGAUUAUCUCAGAAGUCAUCUCCAUAUGCGUACCCAUACCGGGGAGAAACCAUUUGAGUGCACUGUUUGCAGCAAGAAGUUUCCUACCAGUGGAGCUCUGUCCCUUCAUCUUAGAACGCACACUGGAGAGAAGCCUUUUAAGUGCACAGUAUGUGGUACGAGGUUCACUCAACAACCCAAUUUGGUGCAUCAUCUUAGAACGCACACUGGAGAGAAGCCUUUUAAGUGCACAGUAUGUGAUGCCAUGUUCAGUACCCUUUGUGGAGGAAAUGUUGUGGGUCCAGUGAUCCUAUUUUGUUGUAUUGGCUGGUUGGGAGAAAAUGUCACCUCUUCAAGGAGUGGAGAGGCACUGAAGAAUGUGAAGUAUCCAAUGAAGCAACUUGAAAUCCCAUACUUCAAAAUCAGCGCGUGUAGGAAAGUCAAAGCCACAUUUAACCAGUCAGUGAGGCUGUAUAUGUGGCAAUAUUUGUUGUUUCUUGAAAACACUGAACGUAAGAGGUUGAUCAAGGCUUUACUUUUUUUGUCAACUCAAAGCCAACAGACUCUAACAUGUUCAUGUCACUGCAACCAUUUUAAAAACAUUGACACAUGUACCAAGAGAAAACAACACCAAAAUUUGAAGGAUAUCUUCGAGGAAGAUAGCAAAGCUAAGAUGAACCACUUCCGUUCACAUUCUAGGGGCAAGAACAGUGUUAUGAAAGAUGACUUUUAG